UGACAGUUCCCAAAAGUUACGCUAAUCGUGUUUUGAAAACGUCAGAUGAUAAAAUUGCACGCUUAAAUUCAACCGUACUUCAGACGGGCUUUGUAUUCUGCUUCAUUCUGCCACUUUUAACUGGAGGAAAAUGUCUUUCGAUACAAUUCCCAAGGAUCUGCGAGGACUUCGUGCUUGCCUGGUGUGCUCGUUGGUCAAAACGUUCGAGCAAUUCGAGUACGACGGAUGCGACAAUUGCGAGGAGUUUCUGCAGAUGAAGAACAACAAGGACCAGGUUUAUGACUGCACGAGUAACAACUUCGACGGGAUCAUCGCUGUAAUGAGCCCCGAGGACAGUUGGGUGACCAAAUGGCAGAGGAUAAAUCGGUUCUGCAAAGGAAUAUACGCCAUAUCUGUCUCCGGUCGGCUGCCAAACGCAACUAUACGUGACAUGAAGAACCGCGGGAUCCCCUACAGAUCGAGGGAUACUAGUCAGCGCUAGGUUAAAUCGUGUAUGUUAAUGCGUCGAGUGUAAGAUUUCUACUGAAUAAAGUAAAUUAAGUAAACUA